ACCAGCUCUGUGAGCUCAUGAUCUGUCAGUAGUUUGAGCAGAGGGGCCCGGGUUUUGAAAAUGACAGUGUAAUGAUGGGGACAAGCUGUGGAUUGAAUUAUCUCCAGUGUGUUUGAGCAUUUGUCAUAGGAACAUAGUUAUUGAAGGUGCAAGACUGGAGAAGGAAUCUGACCUGAAUAGACUGAGGACUGGCAGAAAGGAGUGAAGAAAUCAGGACAGAAGACCUUUUGGAAAAAGGGCUCUCAGUAGCUCUUAUCCAUCGUGCCUGAAAGGAUUCCAUGGCGAGGACCAAUAAUGUGACUGAGUUAAUUAUCACCGGUCUUUUCCAGGAUCCAGAGGUGCAGAUAGCGUGCUUUGUGGUGUUUCUGCCCGUGUACUUGGCCACGGUGGUGGGCAAUGGCCUCAUUGUUCUGACGGUUAGAGUCAGUAAGAGCCUGCGUUCCCCCAUGUACUUCUUCCUGAGUCACCUGUCGCUGGUGGAGAUCAGUUACUCCUCCACUGUUGUCCCUAAAUUCAUCACAGACUUACUUGCCAGGAUUAAGACCAUCUCCCUGGAGGGCUGUGUGGCUCAGAUAUUCUUCUUUCACUUGUUUGGAGUUGCUGAGAUCUUCCUGCUCACGGUGAUGGCCUAUGACCGCUACGUGGCCAUCUGCAAGCCCCUUCACUACACAACCGUCAUGAGCCGGCCUGUGUGCCACCAACUGGCGGCUGCUUCCUGGCUGGGGGGCAUAAUUCACUCCGUGGUGCAGAUCCUUGUCACUGUCCAGUUGCCCUUCUGCGGUCCCAACGUGAUUGACCACUACUUCUGUGACCUCCAUCCCUUGUUCAAGCUUGCCUGCACUGACACCUCUGUGGAGGGGGUUGUUGUGUUGGCCAACAGUGGAUUAAUCUCUGUCUUCUCCUUCCUCCUCUUGGUGUCCUCAUACGUUGUCAUCCUGGUCAACUUGAGGAACCAUUCAGCAGAAGGGAGACGCAAAGCCCUCUCCACCUGUGCCUCUCACGUCACGGUGGUCGUCUUGUUCUUUGGACCCGCCAUCUUCCUCUACAUGCGGCCCCCCUCCACCUUCACUGAGGACAAGCUGGUGGCCGUGUUCUACACGGUGGUCACCCCCAUGCUGAACCCCAUCAUUUACACACUCAGAAAUGUAGAGAUGAAAAUUGCCUUGAAGAGGUUGUGGGGCAAGAAAGUUAACUCAGGGGUGGAAUAACAAUGAAAACCUUAAAAAACUGAGCAUGCAUAUGGUGACUAAAUAAAAGUUUGAUUUUAGUGAACUAUGAGCAACAGAGCAAAUGUUCACCUAUUCACGUUUUUUGGUUGUAUUUUAGGUGAGGGCUUUAUAUUCCAUAAAAUAAAUCAGAUGCCUUUCAUAGCCCUCUGUAUUUUGGAGAAAGUUGAAAAUUGAGCUGCAUUGUUGUUUUUCUUCAUGUUCUUCAGUAUACAGGGCAUAGACAUCAGGGAGGGAUCACCUGGAUUGGAAUUCCCACUCUGUCACCUUCUACCCACGAACCCUGGGUUCAGGGUUCUCAGUAAAGUAAACGAACCCUUCUCAGUAAAGUAAACGAUACUUCUUAGCAUGCUGUGAUGUGUGGAAAGAUUGUGGUAC